AUGGCAUCACCAGCAUCAUCCCGCCUCCGCCUCCCGGCAUUACAGCGCGCCGCAGCCCAACUGGCACGGCGCGGCGCAAGUGCCAGCCGUUUGCGCCACCUUGCCGCCUCGUCCGCAUCAUCCAGACUAGCGACAAUGGCGCACCCAUUCCUUCCCGCAACCGCUCACUAUCUCUCAACAAUAUCCUCGGCACGGCCAUCGCCGCUCUCGGCCCUUGGCGUCGCAACGAUGGGCCAACGGAGAAGCGCAACCACAUUGACACGGAAGCCCGAGGAGCCAGAGGAGCCAGAAGUUUAUCGCGACGGCGAACCUACAAUCAUCGCCACAGAACGCGCCAUCAACCAACUCAGAAAGGUCUCGGAGAGGGAGAAUAACCCCAGCCUCGCGCUCCGGGUAGCCGUCGAGCCAGGAGGAUGCCACGGCUACCAGUACAAGAUGGAGAUCACUGAAGAGGUCGAAGAGGACGACUUCCAGUUUGAAGUGCACCCGGGCAUCAACAUCCUGGUGGAUAGCGUCUCACUCGCCCUGGUCCGCGGCAGCACAAUCGACUACGUGACGGAGCUGAUUGGGUCGCAAUUCGCCAUCAAGAACAACCCGCAGGCCAAAGGCGCCGGCUGCGGUUGCGGUGUCAGUUGGGAGCCCAACCUCUGA